AUGUUUCGUAGUAUUACUUCGUGUAACAGAUGGGAUUAUGUAUGUGGUGAUAAAGCAAUUGGACGGAAUUUCUUUGCCAUUACUUGUGAGUCGUGUAAAGCAUUCUUCCGGAGAUAUGCCCUCAAGAAUAAGCCAUUUGAAUGUCCAUCAAAUGGGAAAUGUAUGUUAACACCAAAAACACGGCAAUUGUGCAAAAAAUGUAGACUCGAAAAGUGUUUUACAAUGGGAAUGAAAAAGGAAUUGAUACGAAGUUGUGAAGAAAAUCAAUUACGAUAUCUUCAGGUCAUUGAAAAUAAACGCAAACAACAAAUGAUUCAAAACACAGAUUCUGUGGAUUCCAGUCAUUCUACCAAUUCUUGUGUUUCAAUGACUACUCAAACAGACGUUGUGAAUGACUUUAUAACUGAAUUGAUUGAAAGUACACUUAAUAUUAGUGAUGCUGAGCUCAAUGAACAGAUUAUGGACAUUGAAAUGACAAUUAAUACAUCGAAAAACGUUCAAAUCUAUGAUGAGAUUUGUCACAAAUAUGCACAAAUGUCUGUGAGUCCCAUAUUCAGAGUAAUACCCGAUUAUGAGGGCUGGAAGGAACUGGAGUAUAAUAGGAUAUCAGAGCUGUUAUGUGCAUCAAAUACCCCGAAUAUAAGCUAUGUGCAUGUUAUGAAGGACUUGUUAGUUAAAGUGUGGCCUGAAUUGGAAAGUGAUCCCGUUAUUAGAAACUUGUUUACGGCUAUAAUACUGUUUAACCCGAAGCGACCCAAUUUAACGCAUAGACAUAAUGUCCAGUGA